AUGCCAUACUGUUCGUCCGGAACUUCGAAACAAUCUUUAUCUUUAUCAGUAAGAAUAAAUUACACAUAUAAAGCCGAACUUGAAAUAUUCAACCUGAUGGCCAAAAUACAAUUGCGCAUUAUCCCACGCUUUAAGAAUCAAAAUUUUGAAAAUUUCAUCCGGACAACUCUGACUCUAAGUCAACUUCUUCUGAAGUAA